CUGAACAAAUUUGUCAUCAAAAAGGAGUUUAGUUUGAAGAAAAUAAGAUUGUGAAAAGAAGUAUUAAAUACAUAGCUGGCAAAAAGAAAAAAAAGGGAUCUCUUUGUAGCUAUCUAAGCAAUUUAAUUUUCAUAAUGACUUUCAUACCUAAUUGGGAGGAAUUUGAAAAAUCAGCUGAAAUGUUGUAUCUUCGUGAUCCAUUAAAUACGAGAUACAGUAUUAAAUAUUCCCACUCAAAAGGAGUAUUUCUUGUUAAAAUUACAGAUAAUAAAAAGUGUCUUCAAUAUAAAACAGAAGUGCAGCAAGAUGUACGAAAAAUAGAUAAUUUUAUUUCAAACCUUAUAAGGCAUAUGGCAUCCAAUGACAACUGAUUUCUAUUUAAAUAGGUUUAAAUGUUAAUAAAGGAUCUUUUAUGGA